GUAACGGUGUAAGCUUUCGUCGACAUGAAAAAUAGAGGUAGUUCUGAGUACUUCCAAUACUGGCUAUCGAGAUGUUCUCGCGCUCAUACUCUGCCGACACCAUCGCGACCCGGGAACGUGGCUUUGCGCGGGUCUUUGCACUGAAACGCGCUGCAGGAUUCGUUCUUUCACUCAAAACAAGCUCUGCAGUAUGCAUUCUUGCUUGCUAUGAGAGUAGAGCGAGGCGUGCUGUGCUUUCAAGUGCAAUAGAUCCGUCAUACUUGAACGCUUCCACGUUUCUCCAUGUGAGCAUCGUCUUCUAAAAUGUCUUAAUUCGCUCUGCAUAUGCGCUAUCUUAUGUUGCUACUCAAGAAAUGCUCGGCGAAUGUAUAGUCAGAAUCCUUCCCUCUCAGUCAACCUUGGUUGCGUCUAGCCUAUUCCUGCUACGUUACUGCGAACGCUGCUGCUCAUCAAUCCUCUGCUCUCUACGUUGUCGUGUCUGUAUCGCAACUUAUUACUCUCGGACGUUGCUUCGAGGACCCAUGCUGCAAGUCUUUCACCGAGUGACAGAGCGCGAUUACGCGUACCUAUUGUUCGCGAAGGCCUCUCCUGGACAUCAGUGUUUCUCGUCGACCCUUGCACCAAAACUCCCAUAUUCCUGCUGGAGGGCACACGUCCCUGACGACAACCCCCGCGCGACCUUGUUCUCCAUUCGGAGGGCAUGUAAGGCUCCGUCUGUCUUCAUUGUCUGCGCUGUAGCUGGUAAAUCGUACGGAUCUCACAAGCUAUGCUGUGCUGUUCCCAUCGUCAUUCCUAAUUCUCACUAAAGCUU